AACCCGUCACUCGUCAGUAGCCCAUAGUGCUUCGUUCAGAGAGGGCGCGUCGCUCGCUGCUCUCAGAUUUAUAGCUGGUUGAUAACAUCGCGAUCUUCAACUUUCUUCUGAGUAACAGAGGUCAGCUCGGAUGUGUGUAGUGUAUGUCGAAAUUAUUUACAUCCGUACAGAAUGGAUUACUACCGCGUUGAACUUGGGACUUGGUAACCUAGAAGAUUCCCUUGGGUCAACAGCGACCGAUACGGAGCGGUGGCCGCGUUACCACGCAUUACCCCAGUCCACGCCUCGUGGCCGGUAGACGCGGACCUCUUGAAAAGUGUUUAAAGUGCCAGUUAACUGUCACAAGUACUUAGUGAAAGUGAAGGUUCCGUUAGCGCCAUGAAACCCGCGGCGGAGUCGGCCUUGAGUGAACUGGGGAACAAUAAUGUGACUCCCCUCUUACCCCGGACCUCAGUGUUGUUAGAGUUUAAAAACAUCCGAUGCACCAUCAACACAUUCUCCUUAAACAAAUUUCGAUUGGAACCUAGGAAUAUUUUAGAUGGCGUAGAUGGGUGUUUCAAGCCAGGCGAGCUCACAGCCAUCAUGGGGCCGUCGGGUGCUGGGAAAACGACCCUCCUCAAUAUACUGGCUGGUUACACUACCCGAGGCGCUAAAGGCGAGAUUUCCGUCAACGGCGUGUGCGCGUGCGCCUCACAGUCGGGCGGGCGCGGCGGCGCCCGCUACAUCCGCCAGCACGACGACCUGCGCGCCUACCUCACGGUGUACGAAGCCAUGGCCCUAGCCGCGGCACUCAAGCUGGCGGACUUCUCGCCGCUCGAAAGGAAGGAAAAAGUAUAUGAAAUUCUUUCAUUGCUAGGCCUCAGUGGAGCGGCUCAGACCCUUUGCAGAGACCUCUCGGGGGGCCAGAGAAGACGGCUCGGCGUCGCUUUAGAACUCCUCUCUGAUCCAUCUUUACUAUUUCUAGAUGAACCCACUACGGGGUUGGACUCAUCAGCAUCAGCGUCACUCAUCGCACUGCUGAGCAGCCUAGCCCGAGGAGGCAGGACACUGAUUGCGACCAUCCACCAGCCUUCAGCGCUGCUUUUUGAGAAGAUAGACUCCCUAUACUGUCUGGUGGAUGGUCGGACGCUGUACAAAGGCCCACGAGCAUCACUGCUGCCGGCGCUAGCGAGCGCGGGGCUGCGGUGCCCACCGUACCACAACCCUGCUGACUUCUUGAUGGAGGUAGCAUCGGGAGAAUACGACGUGGACCUCGUCAGGACAGCCAAGACGAUGUUGCGAUACAAACCCGAGGUGAACCCGGAUGGCACCGCCAGCUGGAAUGUCCCCACAAUACCCGCGUUACCUAGUCCAUUAGAUAUAAGUUCGGAGCUCAGAUUCAAAUCGGUUCUGGGAAAUACCAAGCACCAGCUGAGCCACAAGAAGACGAUGUACAGACAAUCUGGCCUUUUGCGCCAAACGUGGAUAUUGCUGUACAGGAACUACUUAAUCACUACUCGGAAUUAUUCUCACUUUAUGCUCCGAGUUGCGUGUCACGUGAUAAUCGCGCUAAUCUUCGGCUACCUGUACCAUGGCGUGGGCAGCGAGGCCAGCUCCGUGCUCGGCAACUACGUCUACCUGUACGGCUCCAUGCUGCUGGUGGUCUACACCGGGAAGAUGUCCGUGGCAUUAUCAUUUAACCUGGAGAUGAAUAUAUUAAAAGGAGAACAUUACAAUAAGUGGUACAACUUAGGACCCUAUGUCGUCUCUAUUCUGGCAGUAGAGCUACCAUUUCAGAUGAUCUCUUGCGUGUCGUACGUGGUGUUGUCGUACUGGUUAACAGACAAUCCCAUGGAGCCGACGCGAGCAACGCUGUUCCUGGCUACCAUAGUCAUCACCUCUCUCUGCGCGCAGUCAUGGGGGUAUUUCAUCGGUUCGACGACCCCUACCAAGAUCGCAGUGUUCAUAGGGCCUAUAUUAGCGUGCCUGUUCUCGGUAUUCGGUUUCUGCCUGUCUUUAGCGGACACACCCAUGGGUUUCCGAUGGUUGCACUACAUCUCCUACUUCAGAGCCGGCUUCCAUGUGGCAGUGCAUUCUGUUUACGGUUUUAAUAGAACCAACAUCUACUGUUCAAAAGAAUAUUGUCACUACCGAACUCCGAGUAAGUUUCUAAACGAGAUGGACAUGAGCUACAUCGACGUCGGCGGGAACAUGAUGUUCAUCGUCGGCAUGACGGUCGUCAUGCAUACGCUCACUUGCAUAGCUCUAUGGUACCGGCUCAACAAGAGGUGAAACAAGAACAAGAACGGCACAGAUGAUAUGUACCUAUGAAUAGUUUAACUACCCCUGCGAUAUCAUGGUCGCAUUUUUAUUACUUGUCAUGUCGUGUCUUGUAGAACGUGACAGGCAUGAUAACAGAUGAUAAAACACCGACCAUCUUAGCCCUGCUGUACUUGGCAAAACUGUAUCAUACAAUUUUCGUAUUACAGGGUUUGGUUACAUGGGUUUACUUAAAUAGUUUCUAAACAAUAUAUCCAGUGUAUGUGUAUGAAGGUAAUAAUUACUAGUAGAUAGGUAUAAUGAUACCUCUAUGUUUAAUUGAUCGACGUUCCUUGAAUAAGAAAAGGCCAGAAGGAUAUUGUUUAAAGUUAUAGAGUCAGACCAAGAUAAUUUGGCAGCGAUUUUGACAGCCCAGACUGUGCAAGUGUUAUUUCAAACGACAAACUUCUAUGAAAUUAUGACGUCUACUUAACACUUGCACAGGCUGGGCUAUCAAAAUCUCUGCCAACUUAUCUUGGUCUGACUCUAGUUAGGGGUUCCUGUCAGAACAAAGAUGUGUUAAAAUACUUAAUAAAAAUUUGCUCAAUUAGCUUGCCAAGUUGGAUCUGAAUUAAAACCAUGACCUUUUGUUUUAUCUGCAGGCAAUGAUCAUAAGUGAUUUUACUUGUUCGCUUUAUUUACAUGAUCCAUAGUGUGGUGAUAGGUGUUUGUGUGCCUAAACUGUAAGUUAUUUAAUGUUUAUUUAAGGUAAUUAGAUUAAUAACAAGUAUUAAUGUAAUCUUUAGCAAACAUCCUUAGUGUUAACUUGAUUUCAUUGUGUUUGUAUUACCUUACCUUAAUAUCUGUUUUAUGUUUAUGGUACCGAUUUACUCAUUUUUAUACAAACAUUUCAAUCGGUAUUCGUACAGACUUUUUAAUUAAAUUACCUCUUUAUGCAUUUAAGGAGCAAAAAUAUAAAAGAUUAAAAUAUAAAUUCAAGCCGUCUUUCUUUAAAUAAAACAAAUUGACCGUCAAUUUGUUUUAUUUAAAGAUUCAAAAGUAGUUGUUUUAACCUAUAUUGCAUCAUACAAUUCAUGAAUCACCCAAUGAAAUUCAUGUUCAUAAUUAAGCAACAUGUCACCUGUAAGUGCAUAAGUAGGUACAUUCUAAAAUUGUACCGUUAAAAACAGUAAAAAUUAUAGGUAGGUAAUACCUACUUUCAGGCUGAACACUUACUUACAUAUCGUCACUGUGGUAAUGAGACAUUGUAUAAGUAUAUAAAAUAAUAUGUUGCAAAAUAGUUUCCACAGCAAAAACGAAUGAGGUACAAAGGUACCUAUAAUUACCAUGUAAACAUGAGUCAAGAUUUUUAACACCUAAUGAUGGUCUUAAAACCAUUUAAAACGAAUAAUGAUUCUCAAGUUAAUCUUUAGAGUAUUUUCAUCAACUCAUUAUGUAAUCAUGGUAGUCUAUGUUUGUUAAAUUAUUGUGUUUCUAUUUAGAACUCGAAUACUAAGUACUUAAGUAAAAUAAAUAAUGGAGUACGUAA